AUGCGUAAUGCGCGCAAGAAGAGACCCGAAAAAUUGAACAGCCAUCAACUACCGCCAACCGCCAACCGCCGAUCAAACAAGACCAACAAAGUCUGUCAAUGGAGCGCGGCUACUAGCGUGUCUGCGCGCGAUCGUGUUGAGCAAGCGUCGUUUCGUCAGCUUGCGGAUGAGCAACAAAUUGUGCGUAAGCGAGAGCUGAGCAAGUUGGUCUUGCAUAAUUUGGGCAAUUUGCCACAGGGCGAAGACGAGUUCGAAUCGACGUCCUUACGACGUCGCUCUGGUGAAAUCAUUUGGGUGCAAAUGCAACGUCGUUCCGAAUUCGUUUCUUCGAAUCCACAAACAGUUUUAGUGGCACUCCCUCCUACGCGUAGUGUCCUGUGUCCAAAUCUUCAGGUAUUAAGAUCUGGGAAUCAGAGCUUGCUAACUGUCAGUGCAUCGCUGUUAUCGAAAACGUCGCGUAACUGCGCAAAGGUAGCCACAGAAGAGAAUGCUGAAAAUGAGACCCAGCCUCCCAAAACCCAUUAUAAUCCCUUCGCUCAGGAUAAUCUAGCCUCAAAUAUGGACAAAAACACAAACUCUGCGCCGACUGCCAGUGAAGAAGAACGCUCUAAACUGUUGAAGGUCCUACAACUAGAAGUGGACAUUGCUCAUCAAGAGGGCCGACGUGUACCGGCAUUAGAGUCAGUCACAGACGAAAACUGGGCAUUUAUACUGACACUGCCUUCAAAGUCGNGUAGAGAAUGA